GUGAACUCAAUUUUGGGAAAUUAUUCUGUCUUUGAUCAAGGAAUCAUAAAAUCAUUUAAGGAAAGCCUCUUUGAUAAUCAGGUUUAAGAAGACGGUAAUCAUGAGUGGAUUAUCGACAUCAUCGAAUCUGACAUCGGUCACGGGGUUCGUCAUGACCAGACCACAGCCUCGUCCCGUCCACUUCGAGUUUGACUUCACCAAAACAUCCACAUUUUACCUCGACAUCUGGACCCUCCUCGCCACCCUCGGCCUCCUCGUCAUCGUCGCAUUGGUCAACGCCGUCGUUUUUCUGACAUGGAGACGACAAUACCGUAACAACAUGGCGGGGAACACGCACGAUGUCCACGGUAACAACUUCUACGUCCCGAACUCGCCGGCGUCCAUAAACGUCAUCGACGUUGGAAAGUCUUUCAGUGAUGAAGACUCUGGGAUGAACUCGGUGAUCAUCUCGCCUUCUAAUAGUUCGAUGACAGCCAGCGCUGGCGGUGUGGGAUCGACCAUUUUGUUACCCGUUACCUGCUCUGAGUGGCCUCCGAGAGCUUCAACGUUCAACUACCAUACCGAUAAAAGAAUCAUACUUCAAGUUGUAAACGAAUGAAUGCAAAACGAUCGUCAAAUGCAAUUACGACUGCAGGAUCAUCUUUUUAUCCGGAUUCCAUUCCUCGAAGCCAAUGAGUAGGAUAAAAUGUGUUCUUGAAUUAUAUAUAUUUGAAAGCACCUUUAUCACCAUCAUCAUCAUCAACAUCGUCGUAAUCACCAUCAUCGUCACAAGUCCACCACCACCACCAUCAUCACCACCACCACCCACCAUCAUUAUCAUCAUCAUCAUCAUCAUCAUCGUCAUCACCAUCAUCGUCAUCAUCAUCAUCAUCAUCAUCAUCACCACCAUCAUCAUCAUCACCACCACUGCCACCCACCAUCAUCAAUAUCAUCAUCAUCAUCACCACCACCACCACCCACUAUCAUCAAUAUCAUCAUCAUCAUCGUCAUCAUCAUCCGUAAUCAACACUAUAAUUGUCACAAACAUCCACAAAGUCAUGAUCAUUAUCGCCAUGAUCGCCAUCAGCGUCACCAAAACUCAUCAUCAUCCUAUUAAUCUAAGCAUCACCUUCUACAGAUCGAAGAUAACAUGGGGGCAUUGACCAUGUAUUUGGCCGUGUGCACCCCCCCCCCCCCCCCCCAUCAAAGGAUAAAAAUCGAAUUAGUAUUAUGGGAAUUUUCACAAAACAAUAACCGUAAGGUCUGCACCAGGGAGGGUUUCAUCAGCAUUUUUGUCUGACAAGUUGUCAGAUGUUGAUUGGCCAAGAAGCAGUGUUACCAUGGUCACUGUCGGAUAAAAUGGGACUUACCGCAUCCGACAAGUCCUUUCAUCAAAUGCUCCCCAGAUCUCUCCGUUUAAACCUUGAUUAAAAAAAAAAUGUAUUUGUGAUGAGCUUGGUUUAUAGCUUUAUCGCUGCCUCGCUAACAUAAUUUUCAACUCAACUCUUUCAACUCUUUAAUAAACUCAACUCUUUCAACUCUUUAAUAAACCAUCUCAGCCAUUCCAAACAUUUAAAGGCACUUAUUGGAAAUUUAACAAUAGUUUGUGUACAGACGGUGAUUUUACUCGACAAAUGAAAGACGAAAUUAUCAAUUUGAAAGAAACUUUUAAAGAAGAAAUCAAAGAUAAGAGAAUAUUUUGGGAUUUCUUGAAAAUGAAAAUCAGCAAUUUUUCUCGGAAAUAUUCAAAGGAAAAGGCUAAAAAACGAAGAGAGAAAAUCAAAGAUUUAGAAAAAGAAAUUGAUGGUAUUCAAACGAGAUUAAUUACAAAUAUGAAUAAACAAUCAAUCGAUUUAUUAGAGAAUAAAAAGACAGAAUUAAAGGCAUGUUAUGAUUAUGUGAGCGAAGGUCUUAAAAUUAGAUCGAGAGCUUCUUUUUAUGAAAGUGGGGAAAGGGAUACCAGGUACUUCACUCAGUUAAUGGAAUCCAACAAAAGGAAAACAAAUAUUCGUAAAUUAUCAAUAAGAGAUAGAAUAACUU